AACACUCAACAUUUGUCAUCACCCAAACUUCUUAUCUUACUUAACCCAUAAUUAGUAAUAAUUAGCUAGAGUUAAUUACUUACUCUAUAAAAUCUUGUUAUAAUUAAUUCCCUUAAAUUUCAAUCCUUUUCUUAUAGUAUAAAUAAAUUAUUCCUAGGUUUAUAAUUAGUGUGUAAUUAAGGGGUAAUUAAUAAUAUGGGUAAAGGAAGAAAACCAUGCUGUGACAAAGCAGGAGUAAAAAGAGGACCUUGGUCUCAAGCUGAGGACUUUAAGCUCAUUUCUUUCAUUCAGAAACAUGGCCAUAAUAAUUGGCGUGCUCUCCCUAAACUUGCAGGAUUAGCUCGAUGUGGAAAAAGUUGUCGAUUAAGAUGGGUUAAUUACCUUCGACCUGAUCUUAAACGUGGUAAUUUUACUCUUCAAGAAGAAGAAGCCAUUAUCAAGUUACAUCAAACACUAGGAAACAAAUGGUCAAAAAUAGCAUCUCAUUUUCCUGGGAGAACCGACAAUGAAAUAAAGAACGUGUGGAACACCCACCUAAAAAAACGUCUCAAAGUUAAGAAGACUAAUGAAAAGAAUGCACCAUCAUCAUCAUCAUCAACAUGUAACGACUUAGCAUCAGCAAAUACAACUUCUCCAAAUGAUGCAGUCCUCGAUGGAACGAAUGAAACAAUCAUCAACGACACAAUCGAGUAUUCAAGCUCGUCUUCUUCCUCAUACAACUCAUUAUCCGACCAUUUGAUGAUGACCAAUAUGAACCCUAGCAUAAUCGAAAAUAUAGAUGAUCGUAACAAGGAUGAAAUGAGCACGUACCCUACGAAGAACAUCGAAAAUUCAUUAGAUGAGUUAAUUGAGAUCCCCUUUGAACCUAAUUUGGACUUGUGGGAUUUGUUACAUGGUGACAAUGAAGUACAAUUCCAAAAUGUGGACACCCAAAUGUCUAACAAUGACAAGAAGGAUGAUAAUACUAGUAAAGAAGUUGGUGAAAGUUGGUGGUGGUUAGUAUACUUGGAAAAUGAACUUGGACUUGAUCAUCUAAGUGAUGGAUCUACACAACUACAAUCUACCAAUGUUACUUCAAAAAAUGACCUAUUUUCUUAUAAUUCUAGUUAAUUUACCUAAUUAUUCAACAUGUUGAAAAAAUGUUAGUUAAAAAGUACAUUCAAAUAUAGAUGCCCAAGUUAUAAAAUGUCAAAAAUUGUAUGUUAAUUAAGAGGUGGGAUCAAAUUUGUUCAACUCCUCAUAAUUAACAAAGAAGUUUUCAAAAAUAAGGUUAACAAAAUCAUAGUGGGACCAUGUACCAAUUAAAAUUGUAUAGGAGCAACUUUUUUAGUCAAAUAAAUCGUUUUCAUGUUUUCUAAGUUUAUAGAUGUAUUUGGUAAAAUAGCUUAUCGGACAAAUUUCUGCUUAUUUUGAUACAAAAAGAU